AUGGGGCGGCGCGGCAGUAGCGGCUUGCCGACUCUGCGGGCGCCGACUCCGACCGGUGGCAUGCGCCACUACCUGUCCAAGCAACAGCCGCGGGGGCCUGAUGCGGCAGCCGUAGAGCGGGGCGUCGCGGCCGCCCUGCGAGCUGAGUUCGCAGCUGCGGACGGCCUCCAGCCGCUCGCCGGGGACGCGCGGCGCUACCACGUGCACUGGGUGCACCACCGCACGGACUCCCCAGGGGAUGUCCAGCCCGACCAGCUCACCCGGAAGCAGUUCUGGGAUCACUUGGUGCGGUGCUACGGCGAGGCGCACCCGAAGCGCGGGGAGAGGCACGCCAACGCCGCCCAGGAGGCCGACCGAGCAGUGCACUACCACGCAGCAGUUUUCACGGACACGCAGCACCGGUGGAAGUUCGUGAGGAAGCUCUCUGCAGACAAGUACAAGAUGCAGAUGCAUGCGGUGGCGCACGACGCGUACACCACCAUGCACAAGUACCUGCGGGAGCCGAGCGCCUCGAAGCCGCUCCACGAGCUGGACCCAGCGCUCUUCUUCUCGGUCGGCCACCCGACGGGCGACGCGCUGAAGCAGCUCCUGGAAAACGGGGAGAGGUACUGCCGCGUACGCCGCAGCAGGCGCCCUCGGGAGCAGCCGGGCAACGCCGACGACGACGAGGGCCAGGCCCAGAAGGCGCACAGGUCCCAGUUCGGCACGGUGUACAAGUGGGUGAUAGACCACGAACUCCGCGGCGACGAGGGCGUGGCGAAGUUCCACAAGCAGGCGGACGAGGAGCUGGCACAGGGCCGACCACACCUACUAGACUUCGCGAAGAAGCACUCGAACAGCCUGCGCGAGCAGAUUGAUUUUGUGUGGCACGUCUCCAUGGCCGAGGGAGCCGACGGGCGGCUGGGGCGCCUGGGCAAGUCGCGGCUGGAUAUCCUUGCCGACGCGGCCCUCCUAGGUGCGACCCAAGAGGAGGCGGCGGAGGCCUGCGCGAACGGCGGAGGCGCGUGUCUCGCCAUGUACGAGGCCAUCUUCGAGAGGCAGGGCCUGUGCCCAGAUAUGUUCUGCCGCCAGGUGUUCGAGGCGCUCGAGAUGGGGCGCCAGAAGGGCAACCCGGUCAUGAUGGUCGGGCCCCCAGACACGGGGAAAACUCCAGUGACGAAGCCUCUCGAGAAGAUAUACAAAGUGAUGGGCAUUCCGCAAUCCGACAGCUUCUGCCCUUUGGAAUUCAUCCGGGAUUACGAGUUGGUCCUUUUCCAGGACUUCCGCUACGCCCCCAGCCACCCGAAGAAGGGCGAGCAGGGAUUCCGCAAUCCGACAGACUUCCGCUACGCCCCCGGCCACCCGAAGAAGGGCGAGCAGGGCAUCCGGGUGGGCGAGGGGACCUUCAACCGCCUCCUGGAGGGACUCACGACGAAAAUCGGGGUUCCGAAAUCGGACGGGACCCGAGACUUUGAUUGUGAGGGCACAGCCCCGCUGAUUUUCACAGGCCCAUUCCAGAUCACAGCGUGCAGGAACGGCGUUCCCGACAAGAGGGAGACAGACCAGAUCAACAGCAUAGUGAAGUAUAUAUUCUUCAACGCCCUGGCGCCUCCGGUGCUGAACCGCUCCUUCAAGACGUGCGCGGUGUGCUGGGCCAGGUGGGUCCUGACGGGCGAGAUGACUUGCCGGUUGAAGGAGGGCAGACCACUGGGCGCAUUGCUUGAGGCCGUGCGGAACUGCUGCGUUCCUUGCAGCCCUGGCGCCAGCGGCUCCUUGCCGCCGCGCGUUGCCGCGAGCGCCCCGUCGGCAUCUGCGUCGGAGACCUUGGGGGCGGCGGCCCCGGCGUCGGCAGGGGCCCAGAUGAUGGCGGAGCUUGGUAAGCUGAUCGCCUGGCGCAGCCAGGGGCACCUGACGGAGGCAGAGUUCGGGGCGGCGAAGAGGAACCUUGGCCUGUCGUAG